AUUCUUAAACUUGGGCUGCUUCGGAUAGUGUGCAGUGACAACACAUCCUAGAAGUGAAGCGGAAUACGAAUGAGCAUAAACAUGGUAUCAUCGGUUCCUUGGACAAAGUCCUUCUUCCCGUUGUGGUUCUGGAACAAAACCCGCGUUCUACUCACACACCAUUACCGUUACCAUCACCGUCAUUCGCCACUCUCUGACACAGACAUGACCGAAGAAGGGGUUGUUGUCUCGUUGCAGGAAUGGCAGGGUUGGGGCACCAACUCCCCACUCCCCACCAUGGUUUCCCAAAUCGUUGAGGAUUUGAAGGUUCUGGAAGAAGAUUUGGAUGCCCACAUGAAUUUUGGAGGCAAUGGUGGAAAAUUACAGGGGAAUUUCAGAGUACAAGAAGAUAAGAAGCACCGUGCCACGUAUCAGGCUUUGGGUGAUUCAGAAAAGAAGCUCCAGUUUUAUUCGGCUAGACAGAUUGCUUGUCGCAUACUAGGUAGCAGGGGUUACCUUUGUCAAAAGUGUUGGCUUCCCAUGGAGGAUUGUAUGUGUUCAAAAGUCACAUCCUGUUCGCUCUACCCUGGAAUCAGAUUUUGGCUGUAUAUGCAUCCAAAGGAUUUCUUGAGACAGAACAACACUGGAAAGAUUUUGUGGCAGGUGUUUGGGGUUGAUGCGGCGACUUUGUGCCUUUUUGGUAUUCCUGAACAUGAGGAAAUCAUGUGGAAUUCCCUUAAAAUGGCAGGAAAAAGUAACGUGUGGUGCCUUUAUCCCAACAAGAAUGCAGUUUUAAAGUCAGUUCAAAAUGUGUUUGGUGAGGAACCAGUUGCAAGAGAUGAAGUUGCACCGUCCAAGCAGUUAAAAGUAGAUACAACCCAGCAUUUUAUUUUGAUUGAUGGGACAUGGAGCAAUUCAGCAGCAAUGUUUAGGCGCCUUCAGGAUAAAGCAAAGUCAGUUUGGGGAGAUGAGGACCUUGCCUGUAUAUCCCUAAAUCCUGGUGCUUCUGCUAUGCAUAAACUUAGGCCACAGCCAUCUUGGGAUCGUACAUGUACAGCAGCAGCAGCUGCUGGUCUGCUCUCAGAGCUCCAGCUUCUUCCACAGUUUAGCUCUUUUGAAUUGGAAAAACAGGCAGAAGCAGUAGAACAUGCUUUAACAGUCCUAUUAGAUGCCCUCACAAAUAGACGUCUUCGCAUGGGAAGAUCCAUAACACGAAAAAUGAGGCACACCAACAUCCAAUAAAAAUCUAACCAAGUUUAUUCUGACAACUUAUACAGUAAGCAUAUUGCUAUUUUUGGAAAUGGAGAAAGAGAAAUUCUCAACCAUGUACAUAGACUCUAUGAGAAAUGAUGGUUUUUGGUUAUGUGGUCAGGAUUUUCCAACUCCUUCACAUAUUAAACUUUGAUAAAGGUUUUAAUUUAAGGCUUAAAUUUCAGUCUGGAGAAUGAGUUAUAGAUUCUACUUUCCAUUUACAACAUUGGAUGGAAGUGUAUUUUUUUGUUUGUUUUUUUUUUUUUUUCUGUUGAAAAGAUAGAAUUGUACUUCUAAUGUAAUUCAGUAGUCCAUGGUUUGAAUCUAUCAUUAUAUCCUUGGAAGAUGAAAUGGAGAAGAAUGGAACAUAAUGGUUUGAAUCCAUUAUUAUUAAUC